UAUUUUAAUGCACUUAUUUUCAUUUUCCUUUGUAACAGAGUAAUCGGUGUGAAAUCUUUAAAAUAUGGUCAGAAUAUUGGCACUGUUUUAUUUGAAAAAGACGAUUAUGGAAAGCAAUGCUGGACCAAGGAGGAAUUUACUGUUCUUAAUAGUCGCAGGAUGUUUCAAGAUAUUUUGCCCCAGGUGAAAGUCAUUGAUUCCCAAAACGAUCAGUACAUAGCGCAUCUCAUGGACUAUUUUCACGUAUGUCUCGAGAGCGUGCGGAAAUUAUCCGUGGGUAAAACGAAAUAUCUGAUGCUGAAAGCGCUGGCAGACACUCUGGGCGGUUACUUGCGCGUUUACAUCUUGCCCAUUACGAGACACUCAUAUUACGCGGGUAACAUCAAAUAUCGCAAUGCGAAGAUGCUGUUCGAACUGUUCGAUGAGCUAAAGAUCUUUCUUCGCACAAACGGUGUGGGUUGGUCAAAACCAACUCAGGACGUCAAAACCAUUCGGAUUCCGCCCAUUGUAAUUACGCCACCGAAAACUUCAAUCGCCUGUAACGGGCUUAUUACAUACUCUGCACACUACAAUAAUGAAGCUGUGACAAGCGAAAUUAUAAUACCACUCCCGUUCCUCGAUAAUGAAGCAGAGCCCAACAGCAUCGCGCUGCCCUUCAAAACUGACAGCCUGCAAUCAUUGUAUUCGGAAAAGUCGGCUUUCGUUCUAGUAAAGUACUACAUUGCCAGUGUAAAGUGUAUUACCUCGCGACCGAGCACGAGAAAGCAAUUACAAACGUUCAAUAAGGACUUCUACGCUUGGUUGCAACAAUCUGUACGUCGACACCUGGACGAUGAGAAGUGGUAUCCAGCAUUCGGGGGUGUUCUCAGAGUAAUGGCUACCUUGCGGGAAUCGGGUAUAGGCGAUUUUAUGAAGAGCAAAACAAGCGGAACUUAUCAAGUUAUGCCUAAAGUAGGCGCGAGUCAGACGCAUCAGAGUGUGUCGUCGCUUUAUAAAGGAAAGGGAGAAAAAUUGAAUUUAGAUGACGAUAAUACGAUGACCAUUGGAACCGUAGAAAUUGUAAUUAUAGCCAUAGUAUCCGCAGUGCUGGUAUGGCUAAUGGUGGGUUUGAGCUUGGUGUGCUACAGAUUCCUCACCAAACAGUCCGAUGGAUGUCCACCCUGCGAUGCGAAGACUACUCCAUUCGCGGUUCUGUAUAAAAAUGAGGAUUACUGUCAGCCGGAUACGUGCCCCUCGAAGUCGUCGCGCAAAGGCGUGGUUGAAAAAUUGAAGGAGUGGUGGAGAGAUAGGUUCGGACGAUGCCCAGGGGGUUGCCAAGACCAUGCGGACGAGGAGCGUUACUUAGCUGCAAUCAGUUACAGCAGCAAAGACACCGUCAGCAAUAGCAGCAGGAUUUAUCCGAGGAAGAAAUACGCUAAGUCUACUUCCGUUUUACCAUCAGGGAUGUCCAGGAAUCGUACGUCUUUCAAACAUAGCGUUUGCUAUAGUUCCGAAGGAUCGACCACAUCUUCUGAUAGUCCAGCCAAGCCAAGAUAA